CAAUAAAAGUUUUGAGCUGGGCGCUUUAGCAGCCAGUGGACGCACAACAGGACCUGCAUGCUGUGUUUCUCUCUGCGCCUUUAUGCACUAAGCUGCGCACGGAAAGCCCCACGAAGCUGAGGAUUUAUUCUAAACGCAGUUUUUCUAUAAAAAUGAAGUUUUACAUUAUAUAUUAGCGGGAAAUACGCGCACACGUCUCGCUUCGCUGCUGCUUUGUGGAUUUUCGGAUGUUGGUGAAUGGCACACUGACGCACGGAUUACACGCGCUCCGCUCCUGCUGGACCGAUACAUCCACGUGCUCCCGUUUCCAAGGCGACCUUACAGUGUUUUGUGGGGAUAAUAACCGGGUCAGUAUUUUAAACCGAGGUCACCCAGCCGCUUGGUUCAUUGAUGGGGGUGAACAUGUCCGGGACGAUCCUCCUCCACCUCCUACUCUUCUACUCCGUUUGUCCGCUCAACGCUUUCGGCGAGGACGAGGAGGAGAUGACCUGCGACCCGAUCCGGAUCAGCAUGUGCCAGGGUCUCGGCUACAACGUCACCAAGAUGCCCAAUCUGGUCGGCAACGUGCUGCAGUCGGACGCGGAGCUGCAGCUGACCACGUUCACACCGCUCAUCCAGUACGGCUGCUCCAGCCAGCUCAAGUUCUUCCUGUGCUCGGUUUAUGUGCCCAUGUGCACAGACAAGGUUCCCAUCCCCAUUGGGCCGUGUGGCAGCAUGUGCUUGUCUGUGAAGAGAAAGUGCCUCCCGGUGCUGAAUGAGUUUGGCUUCAUUUGGCCUGAGGUGCUCAACUGCAGCCACUUCCCACCUCGAAAUGACCACAACCACAUGUGCAUGGAGGGCCCGGGUGACGAGGACCCCCCCUACCAGCCCGUCCGCCACCCUCCCCUACAGGAGGAGUGUCAGGCCCUGGGAUCUGCACCUGAUCAGUACACCUGGAUCAAACAGACAGAGAGCUGCUCCCUCCAGUGCGGCUAUGACAGCGGGCUCUAUCGACGGGGCGCCAAAGUCUUCACGGACGCAUGGAUGGCGGUUUGGGCCGUUUUGUGUUUUCUGUCGACCACGCUGACAGUGCUGACCUUUUUGUUGGACUCGCAGCGCUUCUCCUACCCCGAGAGGCCCAUCAUCUUCCUGUCCAUGUGCAGUAAUCUGUACAGUGUGGCUUAUCUGGUGCGGCUGACUCUUGGUCGAGAACGCGUUUCCUGUGACCUGGAAACUGCUGCAGUACCCAUUCUGGUUCAAGAAGGGUUAAAGAACACCGGCUGUGCCAUCGUUUUCCUCCUGCUCUACUUUUUUGGCAUGGCCUCUUCUCUCUGGUGGGUGAUUCUGACCCUCACCUGGUUUCUGGCUGCGGGGCUGAAGUGGGGUCAUGAGGCGAUUGAAAUGCACAGUUCCUACUUCCACAUAGCAGCUUGGGCCAUCCCUGCUGUUAAAACCAUCGUCAUCCUCAUCAUGAGGCUGGUGGAUGCGGAUGACUUGACGGGGCUGUGCUACGUUGGGAACCAACAACAGGAGGCGCUCACGGGCUUUGUGGUGGCACCACUAGCCACCUACCUUCUCAUAGGAACUCUCUUCAUCUGUGCGGGCCUUGUCGCCCUUUUCAAGAUCCGCUCCAAUCUGCAAAAAGACGGAGCCAAAACCGACAAACUGGAACGUUUAAUGGUAAAGAUCGGAGUUUUUUCCGUUCUUUACACCGUUCCGGCAUCCACUGUCAUCGGCUGUUACCUCUACCAGCUCUCCCACUGGGGAGAGUUCAGGGCCAGCACCCAGGACUCAUACGUGGCAUCAGAGAUGCUGCGAAUCUUCAUGUCGUUGCUCGUGGGCAUCACGUCAGGGAUGUGGAUCUGGUCGGCAAAAACCCUCCAUACCUGGCAGCGCUGCUCCACCCGGCUUCUGAGAGACAGCCAGGCGAGCCGAGGAGGAAAGAGGGCACCUGGCGAGGGCUGGAUAAAACCCGGGAAAGGCAACGAGACGGUGGUGUGAGGAGUAAGUCAGAGGAACGGACGGACAGAAAUUAAAUUCUGCAUUCUUCUCAAACAGAGACUGGCUCUGCCAAAUGAAGGAUGAGAAGGGGUUUAUGUAUGUGUCAGCAGGACUUUGUUAAAGAAGCCACUCAUCACAUGAAAUCCCUGAUAAUCCCUGAGUCUGUGCCUCCUUUGGAGGCCAUGAAGGAGAAAACAGGAACAUGGAGUCGUGCAGUUCUGGCAACAGAAGACUCUACCUCUGUUAGAUCUAAGUUGACCAGAGAGGUGGAAAAAAAUACAGAAAAGGGCUCAACAGGGCGUCAUCGUAGCAUGGAUGAAUGAGCUGUAAAUCAGUACCUCUUUGCCUUUUUCUCCAAAGUUCUGAGCAGAAAAGACGAAAUCUGCUGAAUGCAGUAAACCUGAAUGUCGUCGUAAAGUUUUAGAUUUUACACUGGAGCAGAUUUGGAGCACCCAGAAGUACCUUUUUGCAGUGAAAUCAAUUAUUAAUAUAAAGAAAAGCCAAAAUAAGUGUAAUUAAAAAACAAUAAUCUGAAAAGUUGCCUUAAAUCUUCGAUUUGUUUGCAUUCAAACAAACCUCCAGUAAAAGUACAGGUGGUGGCGUCGCUCUGAAUUUUAGGGAAACCAGCUCUAAGCUGCACUACUGCACUAUAAAUGCAUAAUAUGUGAAGUCUGAUAACAAAUGUGCAGACAUGUGCACAGAGCCAUGAACAGGGGAAGCUUGGUGAGUCAUGAAAAAUGCUGCAAAAAAAUGCUAAUCCAGCACAUAUUCUUCAGUUUUUAUUAUUAUUUUUUUUGUCUUUUGGGUUAGGAAGUGUCACGGUGUCUGGAAACGAGACUCUGUGAGAGACCCAGCGAACGUCCUGGCCUCUCUGGGAACCCUGUUGCUGUACACGCUCUUGGGUUACCAUAAAAUCCAGGAAAUUUAAUUAUUAACCCUGCUCUUUUCCAAACACUGGGUCCGAGGCAGGUUUAAGGAUGAGAAGUUAUGGGACAGUCCGGUGCCAAAACACACAUUAUGCAACCCAGAGGCUGUCGCAGAAGUGUGCGUUUUCGUGCACGCACGUACGACGCUGUGCAUGAAAACUCCUUUUUUAGAAGAAGUGGGGUUGGGUUUUAAACGAAUUUUCCCAAACGCACCAAGGCUCAUUUCUCAGACAAUCAAGUCCACCCUGGAGUUUAUUUUUGUUCAUUUCAUGGAUGACAGAAGCAGGAUUUUUAAUGGCAAAAGGCUUUUCCGAUGAUUGUAAUCUUGCAGUUCCCUGCAACAACUGUAAGCUUUAAGUCCAACGGGUUGGUGGUAGGGACUCUUCCUGUCCUUCACCCUUUGAAAGUUUUGUGUUUUUUGCCUGACAAUCUGUAGCGACGCAAUUUAAUGAGCUUUUGUCUGUAUAUAUAUGAUGGGUGUAAAAUGAUCUCUAUUUUGGUAAUUGAAGUCUAUCAGUUUGGAUCUUUGUAAGCAGACAGCGCCUCGCACAACCUGUACAUCAUUCUUGGCAAAUUUUACGCUGAAAUUGAAUUUUAAGAAUCGUUUUUGGGCUCCGUGCAUCAAGAGAUGUAUGUUCUUGUGAAACUGAGACAGCUCAUGAUAAAGCAGCAUACCUCAGAACACUUAUUAAAUUUCCAAAGUCAAACUAACGUUACAUUCGCUUGAAGUGAAUUGAAUUACCCUCUGACCACCUCCCCUCUGAGUGUUUUGGCCGGACCCCUCCCUCAUGACCACAUCCAGCUAGAAGGUGAAAUUUCUAAACAAUCGCAGAACGUGCUUCAAAACGCGAGUGAGAACGUGUGAAACGACUUUAACCACUAGUCAUGCAGGUUAGUUCAAGUCUUGUAGAGACCCAGAUGUGAAUCUGAGGUCCUAACGUCACAGACCAGGAGGUCGAGGCUGCUCAGUUUCUUUAUCCUUUCGCGAGGUUCGCUACAAAGAAAACCUGCUAAUUCAUCCUUGUAAAAAUGUGACAAUUUUUAAAAUGUGUUUAUUUAAAAAAGACUUUUGUAUCAGAAGAUAAAUAAAAACUUUUUUGGAUUACAGUUUGUAAAAUUA